ACCCUCCCUCUCUGUGCCAGACACCCUUUUCAGCCACUAUGACAGGUGUCUCUGUACAGAGAGUUUUAUCAACGCUAAGAGAGAAAGAGACACGCUUUGAGUGGGCAGUAGAGGAGCUGAUUUGUUCAACAGUCGCUCAGUAAACAGUUCCUGUGAGAUUGAUCUCUGGGAAAGGAUAAUCUGAGUAAUCCUAUAACCGGUGGCGGUGGACUCAACCUCUUUUGCUCUUCCCCCUCUUGAAAAGUCGUUGAUUGGAGUAUCCACGUAAUUUUUAUUAGUUUGUGACCGAGCCAGCACUUGAGUCAGAGUCCUGGUCCUGGGUGAGUGGCAUUCGGCCAGGGCCCAACUUUCACCCAAAGGCAUGUGGCACCCCAUGUCAUCACCUGCAACUGGAGGCAGCUCUGGAAGGGAGAUAGGUCAUAGCCACUACUCGGGGCCAAUGACCCACACCCACUCUCCUCCCAUGGGUGGCAUGGUCGGCCACCCGUCAGUCAUCAGCACCUCAAGGCCCUUAAUGUCCCCCAUGUCUGGCUUGGGCUCGCCAAUGAACGGCCUGGCCUCACCCUACCCAGUCAUUACAUCUUCUCUGGGCUCGCCCUCUAUAUCAUUGCCAUCCACGCCCAACAUGAACUUUGGAACACUCGGCAGUCCACAGAUGAACAUGAACAGUGUUAGCAGCUCGGAGGACAUCAAGCCUCCGCCGGGCCUACAGAACCUGGGAAACAUCAACUACCAGUGUACGAGCCCCGGGGGAAUGUCAAAGCACAUCUGCUCCAUUUGCGGGGACCGCUCCUCAGGAAAGCACUACGGUGUGUACAGCUGUGAGGGAUGCAAAGGCUUCUUUAAGAGGACCGUACGUAAAGAUCUUACCUACACGUGUCGAGACAUGAAGGAGUGCUUGAUUGACAAGCGCCAGCGAAACCGCUGCCAAUACUGUCGCUACCAGAAGUGCCUAGCCAUGGGCAUGAAGAGAGAAGGUGUGUGUGCAGCGGUGCAGGAAGAGAGGCAGCGAGGAAGGGAGCGAGGGGAGAACGAGGUAGAAUCUACCAGCAGUUUCAACGAGGAAAUGCCCGUGGACAAGAUCCUGGACGCUGAGCUGGCCGUGGAGCCCAAAACAGAGACGUCAUACAACGACGGCAGCCCCAGCAACUCAACCAAUGACCCUGUCACCAAUAUCUGCCAAGCAGCAGACAAGCAGCUCUUCACAUUGGUGGAAUGGGCCAAAAGGAUCCCACACUUCUCCGAACUCCCCCUGGAUGACCAGGUCAUCCUACUACGAGCAGGCUGGAACGAGCUUCUUAUCGCAUCAUUCUCCCAUCGCUCCGUCACGGUAAAAGAUGGCAUCCUGUUGGCGACAGGCCUCCACGUCCACAGAAGCAGCGCCCACAGUGCUGGAGUGGGCUCCAUCUUUGAUAGAGUCCUGACAGAGUUGGUAUCCAAAAUGAAAGAUAUGCAAAUGGAUAAGACGGAGCUUGGCUGCCUGCGAGCCAUCGUCCUUUUCAACCCAGAUGCAAAAGGUCUUUCAAGCCCACCCGAGGUCGAGGCGCUGAGGGAAAAGGUUUACGCCUCAUUGGAGUCGUACACGAAACAGAAAUAUCCAGACCAGCCUGGCAGGUUUGCCAAGCUGCUGCUCCGCCUGCCCGCCCUGCGCUCCAUCGGCCUCAAGUGUCUGGAGCAUCUGUUCUUCUUCAAGCUGAUCGGGGACACUCCUAUCGACACCUUCCUAAUGGAGAUGCUGGAGGCUCCGCAUCAGAUUACAUGACACGAGUCCCCCCCUUCCCCUGUAAAUACUCCCACAUUGUCAGCUAUAUGAAGAUGGAAGACUUGAUUCCAAAUGUAAAACAGCAUAUUUUGUACCAAGCAGUACAUUUUAAUUAAAAUGAAAACAAAACAACAAAAAAAGUAUUUUAAGGUUGUCGGGAGGGUGGAGUCUUGAGACGGAGCAUCGAGUACACUGUCAAAUGAAUUCUAAUAGAAUUGUUAACAGAUUUCUUUUGUAAAUAGCUAACUUCAGGUGUCCGUUUUGGAAGCAGCCCAAUGCAAUUUAAAAAAUAAAUCA